GUUAUAUCUCCCCGAGUCAUCCGAGAAACACAUCGUCAUACCGAACGUCUCGAAUCGGUAAUCAACAUCCGACCUUCGGAUUCACCAUGUCUCGCGCCGGAUUAUGGGCGAAGACCAUAGCCGGUGGCCUCCUUAUGGUCGUCGGUGGUCCCGCUUUUGUUGAAUACCUCCGACCCUCCGACGAAGAGCUUAGGAAGCGAUACAACCCGGAUCUGCAGAAGCGCAGCGCCGAACAGGGGAACCGCAAGGCGCAGGAAUUCGAUGACUACGUCAGUAAGCUGAAGGAGUGGUCUAAGUCCGAUAAGUCCAUCUGGUACGCCGCUCAAGAAGAAUUGGACCAGAAGCGAGCAGCGUUGGAGGCACAACGCGCACGGGAGAAGGAACAAACGCGAACACAACGGGAGGAGAUGCGCAAGGAGAUGCUGGGUGAAAAAUGAUCUCCCGACUAAAACCAUCGCCCCUCGACCAUUUAUAUGUGAUC